AUGGGUAUUCCAUCCUCAUUACCCACAAACCCUAACCCCAGCCCUAGUCCGCCGCUCCCUCAGUCACCGCCACCACAAACGCCGCCAUUACCUCAAUCGCCACCACCUCAGUCACCGCCACCAUCCCCAAGCCAAAUACCACCUUUCAUUCCGCCGACUCCCCUCUCGCCGCAAUCCGAGCCACAAAAUGAAACACAAAUUCCCGACACCCAUUCCCCAGAACCAGCGCCUGAACCUAUGCCCACUCAAACGAAAACCCAAGGCAAAACAAAAAAAAGGCUGCAAGUAAACUUAAAAAAACCCCUGUCGGAAAACGGAAACGACUGGACUGACUUUGCUAAAAUUAGGGAACCAGUGUACAAGGAUCUAACCCUCGAAUUUUUGAGUUCCCUAAGGAUUCAGGAUAUAAACAUUGAGUGGCAGCAAACUGUUUAUGACCCUGUUCAAUUCUGGAAGGAUAUUGCACCUUUUGGGGGUUAUUAUACACAGAGGACUGCAAAAGGCUCUAGGAUAGUUGACCAUGUAUUGAAAUACCUCCACAGGUUCAUUACUUACCUUUGUUUUAGGAAGGGGACACGAUAUGAUUGUGGGUCUUUGGGGAUUUGUUUCUCUUGUGGUGCAUGA